AUGGAAGAGGAAAGCAGCGGAUUUACUAUCUACGCAGUUGCAAUUGCUAUCACAAUUUUCUGUCUCAGGCUCUACUUCUACAUUCGUGGCCAGUUCAGGCCUCUUAACUUAAAUCACAAGCACGUCUUAAUUACAUUAACAUUAACAUUAAUUAGUAUUAUAGAGAGGCCCGUCGUAUUGGCUCGGGUUUCCCCCUGCCCUACCUUCACCCGUUGCUCACUACCAGUCGAUCACGACCUUCAAAGUGUUGCUCCUACUGGACGAGGAUGUGCACUCGCUACCCGUAGUUGGAUGAGUUACGCCACUAGCAGUACGUCAACAGAGGUUGCCCAUUCCGAAAAACAAAUUUUCUGGUAGGACUGUCGGCUAAGAUGGAAAUCCAAAGCCUGGGACGUAACGCCCAGUUUCACGCUAGGGAGUUGCCCGAUUGAUCAGGAGGUACCUUCCUGAUGCUACUGAGCUUCCCUUUCCAACCUUGGAAACCAUCUCCCCUGAGGAAAAACCCUUGGUGUCAGAAUGAGCUGCGGUCGGCCUAAUCCGACAUUGCGCUCCACUGUACCAAGGUAAAACCUAGCCGGAUAAACAUUCCGAGCGCCUUCUUCCCUUCCACAAGGUCCCCUGCGAACGCAGGCUACAGGUGUUGAGAAAAAGGGCUGGAUCGCCGUCGCCAUUUUAAUGUAUAUAGCACGUCUUAAUCACUGGAGCAAGUUCUGGCCUAGGUCGAGAGCUUGCCCAAGAAUGCUUCAUGAAAGGUGCAAAAUUGACUCUCAUAGCUCGUGACAAGCUAACCUUAAUUGAUACCGCAAAAAAAAUCUGCAGAGGCGUUGAUAAUUCAGGCCAAGGCGAAUAUGUCCAAGUUUUUGAUGUUGAUAUAAGCAAUGCAGAAAAGAUGGAAGCUGUCAUUGAAAGGGCGGAAAAUCGAUUUGGAGAAAUUUUCUUAUGUUUUGCAUUUGCUGGGAAUAUUUCAGGUGGAUAUUUUUUAGAAACUGGCUUGAAUAAGUUCAAAGAAAUGAUGGAAACAAAUUAUUUAGGAACUAUUAAUACAGUCAUGCCUGUAGCCAAAAGGAUGAGCAAGAUAAGGAUGGGACAUAUAUGCUUGGUAGGGUCUGCCCAUUCGUAUUUGCCAAUCCCUGGCUCUUGUGCAUGGGCGGCAUCAAGAGCUGCUGUAUCGUGUUUGGCGAAUGAAAUCAGGCCAGAACUUGCCCGAUACAAUGUAAAAGUAUAUUUAUUUUCUCCUGGACCGAUGGACACACCUGGAUAUUAUCAGCAUAAGCAGUCCUGCACCAAAGAAAUUGAAGACUUAGAAGGCCCUCCAAUGAGGCAUGAAACUGUGUGUGAGAUUUUACUUAAUGGAAUAUCUGCAGGUGAUUUUCAUAUAACAAGUCAUGAUUAUUAUAGCUUUUUGAGAAUAAGCUCUUUAGGAGGACUUUCUAGGAAUCAUCUAUUAUUAGACCUCACUUUUAGCUGGCUGAGUGUUUUAGUCGGACAUUUGCACUCGCUUUAUAUUGAUUUUAAGGUAAUUUUCUAUGUAGUUGUCAAGGGCAAAAUUCAAAAAAUAA